AUGAACAGAAACUUGGCUUUCCUCCGUCCAUCACCUCGUUUUUUCAGCUCCGCCCUGAGGACUCAAUCGAACAAGCUGCCGUUUGUUCCCUUGGUGGCAGAGAAUGGAUUCGUGGACGCUAUUGGAAACACUCCUCUGAUCAAGCUUAAUAAAUUGUCUGACCAGUUGGAGCGUAACAUAUAUGCGAAGGCAGAGUGGAUGAAUCCAGGUGGUUCAGUUAAGGAUAGAGCAGCUCUUUACAUAAUUCAAGACGCGGAAGCCAAGGGUCAGAUUCAAGCUGGAGGUACAGUAGUUGAGGGUACUGCUGGUAACACGGGGAUUGGAUUGGCCCAUGUCUGUAGAUCAAGAGGAUACAAAUGUGUCAUAUACAUGCCCAACACCCAAGCAGCUUCAAAGAUAGAUCUGCUCAAGCUUCUUGGAGCUGAAGUUUAUCCAGUCCCAGUUAAGCCAUUUGACGACCCAAUGAACUAUAACCACCAGGCCAAGAGACAUGCAGAGUCUUUGGAUAAUGCUGUAUGGACCAACCAAUUUGACAAUACUGCUAACAGGAAUGCUCAUAUCCAAUCGACUGGUCCCGAAAUCUGGGCACAACUUGAUGGAAAGGUUGAUGGUUUCACUUGCUCAACUGGUACCGGAGGCACUCUCGCUGGAGUAACCCGAUACCUCAAGGAAAUCUCUAACGGCAAAGUUAAGUCCGUGCUUGCAGACCCACCAGGAUCGGUAUUGUACUCCUAUAUCAAGACUAACGGAAAAGAACUGGAUAGAUCCGGAAGUUCUUUCACCGAGGGAAUUGGUCAGGGAAGAGUCACAGACAACUUGAAGCCUGACCUAGAAAUUAUCGACGAUGCUAUCAGAAUUCCUGAUGAAGAAUCCAUUGUUAUGCUGUACAGACUGUUGGACGAAGAGGGUAUCUAUAUAGGUGGUACUGGUGCCUUGAACGUCGUAGCCGCCGCAGAAGUAGCUAAAACUUUGCCCAAGGGCUCAAAUGUGGUCACUAUCCUUGCUGACUCUGCACACAAAUAUUCGGACAGAAUUUUCAGCAAAAAAUGGUUGCAGCAAAAAAAUUUGUACGAUGUUCUUCCAGCAAACUUGCAAAAAUAUGCUAUCUUAGAUUAA